AUGUUUCCGAUACUAAUACUGCUCAUCUUCUGCAGUUUUCUGCAAUCUACUGCUUUUGAAGGAAAUUAUUGGCCCCUCUUUUUUCUCCAAAAACAGAAAGAAUCUCUACAGAGAAUUUUGAGCAAGGAUUCCUGUUCUACCUGGGGUGGAGGGCAUUUUUCAACCUUUGAUAAAUACCAGUAUGACUUCAUUGGGACCUGCAACUAUAUCUUUGCAACUGUAUGUGAUGAAACGAGCCCAGAUUUCAACAUUCAGUUCCGCCGUGGGCUGGACAAAAAAAUUGCAAGGAUCAUUAUUGAGCUGGGGCCUUCUGUUGUCAUUGUUGAGAAAGGCAGCAUUUCUGUCAGGAGUGUUGGUGCCAUUAAGUUGCCUUACACCAGCAAUGGAAUUCAAAUAGAACCUUAUGGACACAACAUCCGUCUGGUGGCCAAGCUGAUGGAGAUGGAGCUAGUUGUCAUGUGGGACAACGAUGACUAUCUCAUGGUUUUGACUGAAAAAAAAUACAUGGGAAAAACCUGUGGAAUGUGUGGAAAUUAUGAUGGUUAUGAAUUUAAUGAAUUUGUGAAUGAAGGUAAAUUGCUGGAUACAUAUAAAUACGCUGCAUUACAAAAAAUGGAUGAUCCAUCAGAGAUCUGCCUGUCUGAGGAGAUAUCAAUUUCCAACAUUCCUCACAACGAAUAUGCAAUAAUCUGCUCUCAGCUGCUUAACUUGGUGUCACCAACCUGCAGUGUGCCAAAGGAUGGGUUUGUCAUUCGUUGCCAGCUCGAUAUGAAGGACUGCAGUGAGCCAGGACAAAACAAUUGCACUUGCUCUACACUUUCAGAGUAUUCAAGGCAAUGUGCCAUGUCCCAUCAAAUGGUGUUCAACUGGAGAAAUGAAAACUUCUGCUCUGUGGGAAAAUGUUCUUCUAACCAAAUCUAUGAGGAAUGUGGUUCUCCAUGUGUUAAAACUUGUUCCAACCCAGAGUACAGCUGUUCCAGUCAUUGUACCUAUGGUUGCUUUUGUCCAGAAGGAACUGUUCUUGAUGAUAUCUCAAAAAAUCGAACAUGUGUUCACAUUAAGCAUUGUCCGUGUACACUGAAUGGGAAAACAUAUGCUCCUGGAGAGACAAUGAAAGCAGCAUGUAGGAGCUGUAAAUGUAUGAUGGGUCAAUGGAACUGUGAAGACUUGCCCUGCCCUGGAAGGUGUUCACUGGAAGGAGGUUCCUUUGUUACCACGUUUGAUUCUAGAUCAUACAGGUUCCAUGGGGUUUGCACUUACAUUCUUAUAAAGAGUUCCAGCCUGCCACACAAUGGAACACUCAUGGCUGUAUAUGAAAAAACAGGUUAUUCUUAUUCUGAGACGUCACUUAGUGCUGUAAUUUACCUCUCUACGAAGGAUAAAAUUGUGAUUUCUCAGAAUGAACUCCUUACUGACGAUGAUGAGCUUAAAUGGCUACCUUAUAGAUCAGGAGACAUCACUGUUUUCAGACAGUCCUCAAUGUACAUUCAAAUGUAUACAACCUUCGGGCUGGAACUUGUAGUUCAAACAUCACCUGUGUUCCAGGCCUAUGUGAAAGUUGGAUCAGAAUUUAAAGGCAGAACCCUAGGUCUGUGUGGCAAUUACAAUGGAGACACUACAGAUGACUUUAUGACUAGCAUGGACAUCACUGAAGGAACAGCCUCCCUGUUUGUAGAUUCCUGGAGGGCAGGAAAUUGCCAUCCUGCUUUAGAGAGAGAUACUGACCCUUGUGCUUUGAGUCAACUGAACAAAAUAUCUGCUGAGACUCAUUGCUCCAUUCUUACCAAGAAGGAUACAGUGUUUGAGAAAUGCCAUGCUGUGGUGAACCCUAUUCCUUUCUACAAGAGAUGUGUCUACCAAGCCUGUAAUUAUGAAGAGACCUUUCCUUACAUUUGUUCUGCUCUGGGAUCGUAUGCACGAACAUGCAGUUCAAUGGGUUUAAUCCUUGAGAACUGGAGAAGCAGUAUGGAAAAUUGUACCAUUACUUGUACUGGCAAUCAAACAUUCAGCUACAACGCUCAGGCCUGUGACAGGACAUGCUUGUCACUCUCCAACCGAGCCCUGGAAUGUCAUGCAGCUGACAUCCCUAUUGAAGGCUGCCAUUGUCCCACAGGGAUGUACUUAAACCACAAGAAUGAGUGUGUUCACAAAUCCCAUUGUCCUUGCUAUUUAGAAAAUAGAAAGUACAUCUUGCCUGAUCAGUCAACUGUAACUAGUGGGAUUACCUGCUACUGUGUUAAUGGGAGGCUAAGUUGCACGGGCAAACCUCAGAAUCCUGCAGAAAGCUGUAAAGCUCCUAAGAAGUAUAUAUCAUGUUCUGUAAGGUUAGAAAACAAGUAUGGAGCUGCAUGUGCCCCCACCUGUCAGAUGCUGGCUACUGGAAUAGAAUGUAUACCCACUAAAUGCGAAUCAGGCUGUGUCUGUGGUGAUGGGCUAUACGAAAAUCUUGAUGGUGUGUGUGUUCCAGCUGAGGAGUGUCCAUGUGAAUAUGGUGGUCUUGCUUAUGGAAAAGGUGAACAGAUCCAAACUGAAUGUGAGAUCUGCACUUGCACAAAAGGCAAAUGGAAAUGUGUUCAGAAAUCAAAGUGUUCCUCAACAUGUAAUCUCUAUGGAGAAGGCCACAUCACCACUUUUGAUGGACAACGUUUUGUGUUUGAUGGCAACUGUGAAUACAUAUUAGCUAUGGAUGGCUGCAGUGUUAGUAGACCUGUUUCCUUUUUCAAAAUUGUUACUGAGAAUGUCAUCUGUGGGAAAUCAGGGGUUACAUGCUCCAGAUCCAUCAGCAUUUACCUUGGGAAUUUGACAUUUAUAUUGCGAGAUGAAACCUUCAGUAUUUCUGGAGAAAAUCCUGGCGUACAAUAUAAGGUGAAAAAUAAUGCCCUUCACCUGAUGUUUGACAUUAUUAUCCCAGGAAAAUACAACAUGACCCUCAUCUGGAAUAAGCAUAUGAAUUUUUUCAUCAAGAUCUCCAGAGAAUCACAGGAAACUAUAUGCGGUUUGUGUGGGAACUAUAAUGGCAAUAUGAAGGAUGACUUUGAAACUCGAAGCAAGUAUGUGGCCUCAAAUGAAUUAGAGUUUGUAAAUUCUUGGAGAGAGAAUCCUCUCUGUGGGGAUGUCUACUUUGUAGUGGACCCCUGCAGCAAGAACCCUUAUCGUAAAGCAUGGGCAGAAAAGACAUGUUCCAUCAUCAACAGCCAAGUAUUUUCUGCCUGUCACAAUAAGGUGAACCGUAUGCCCUAUUAUGAAGCCUGUGUUCGAGACUCUUGUGGUUGUGACAUUGGAGGGGACUGUGAAUGCAUGUGUGAUGCCAUUGCAGUGUAUGCCCUGGCAUGCUUAGAUAAAGGUAUCUGCAUUGACUGGAGGACCCCUGAGUUCUGCCCUGUCUAUUGUGAGUAUUAUAAUUCUCACAAAAAAACAGGAAGUGGUGAUGUUUAUUCAUAUGGCUACAACAAUGAGAACUGCAUCUGGCAUUACAGGCCUUGUAAUUGUCCAAAUCAAAACUACAAAUACGUCAACAUUGAAGGCUGUUAUAACUGCUCUUAUAAUGAAUACUUCGACUAUGAGAAGGAAAGAUGUAUGCCAUGUGGAGAUGAAAGCGCUAGUACCACACCUGAAGCAUCUCCACCUUCAACAGGCACAACAGUGCAGCCUAAAGUAACAAGAAGCUCUAUCACAAGUACUCUACCAAAAGUACCUAGUAUUUCUUCUUCUGCAGCUAUUAUAUCUCCUCAGACUACAAAUCCAACAAUAGCCUCAAAAAUCACAGCAUCACCUCAUGUCACAAUGAAGUCAACAACUGAGAGUGAGGGAACCCAAGAAACCCCUCUGUCCCACCAACUCCCAGUAGUUGUCACCCACAGAAAACCAACAAAGUCACACCUAGUGCAGCAUUUAAUCACACAGAAGACCACUCCUGCCACAUCCACCAGCAGCACCUCUGUCCCGAGAGAGACCAGCCCUGCCAGCAGCCCAGAAGUCCCGCUGACAAAGAUAUCUCCAAGCCCCAGCUCUUUACCUACCACCUCAGCCUCAUCUGCUUCUUCCUCCUUCUCAACUGUGUCCUUGACAUGGUUGAGACCAUCACAUCCUGCCUACACCCGCAAAAUGACAACUGUGCCACACAUUGUCCCACCUCUUACCACACAGAAGACCACCACUACCACCAUCACCAGCAGCACCUCCAAGACCUCCGUUUCCAGAGAGGCCAGCUCUGCUAGCAGCACCCAAGUCCCCCUGGCAACAACAUCUCCAAGUUCCAGCUCUACGCCUGCUCUCAGCACCCUGCUCAGCACCCCUCUGCCACCUGCCACCACCUCCAGAGUCUUCUCCACAUUGGCCCCAACCACCAGCCUCAAGCCCACCCCUACAACCCCAAGGCCCAAGCUGUCUUCCUUCAUGUCCAGUGCUCCAACAGAGUUGCCUGCAGCCGAGUCCUCCACACUCUCCACUGCCAAAACCAGCCCACUGCCUUCGCCUGCUUCUUCUCUCUCUUCAACUGCGUCCUCAACAUGGCUGAGCUCCUCACUUCCAACCUACACCCACAAAAUGACAACUGUGCCACACAUUGUGCCGCCUCUUACCACACAGAAGACCACUGCUACCAGCAGCACCUCCAAGACCUCCGUUUCCAGAGAGGCCAGCUCUGCUAGCAGCACCCAAGUCCCCCUGGCAACAACAUCUCCAAGUUCCAGCUCUACGCCUGCUCUCAGCACCCUGCUCAGCACCCCUCUGCCACCUGCCACCACCUCCAGAGUCUUCUCCACAUUGGCCCCAACCACCAGCCUCAAGCCCACCCCUACAACCCCAAGGCCCAAGCUGUCUUCCUUCAUGUCCAGUGCUCCAACAGAGUUGCCUGCAGCCGAGUCCUCCACACUCUCCACUGCCAAAACCAGCCCAUUGCCUUCAUCUGCUUCUGCUCCUUCCUCAACUGUGUCUUCAACAUGGCUGAGCUCCUCACUUCCAACCUACACCCACAAAAUGACAACUGUGCCACACAUUGUGCCGCCUCUUACCACACAGAAGACCACUGCUACCAGCAGCACCUCCAAGACCUCCGUUUCCAGAGAGGCCAGCUCUGCUAGCAGCACCCAAGUCCCCCUGGCAACAACAUCUCCAAGUUCCAGCUCUACGCCUGCUCUCAGCACCCUGCUCAGCACCCCUCUGCCACCUGCCACCACCUCCAGAGUCUUCUCCACAUUGGCCCCAACCACCAGCCUCAAGUCCACCCCUACAACCCCAAGGCCCAAGCUGUCUUCCUUCAUGUCCAGUGCUCCAACAGAGUUGCUGGCAGCCGAGUCCUCCACACUCUCCACUGCCAAAACCAGCCCACUGCCUUCGUCUGCUUCUGCUCCCUCCUCAACUGUGUCUUCAACAUGGCUGAGCUCCUCAGUCCCGACAGCCUACACCCACAAAAUGACAACUGUGCCACACAUUGUGCCGCCUCUUACCAUACAGAAGACCACUGCCAUGUUCUCUGCCAGCAGCACCUCCAAGAUGUCUGUCUCCAGAGAGGUCAGCUCUGCUAGCAGCACCCAGGUCCCUCUGACAAGGAUGUUUCCAAGUCCCAGCUCUACACCUGCCCCCAGCACCCUGCUCAGCACCCAGCUGCCACCUACUGCCACUUCUACGUUCUCUUCUGCUUUGGCCGCAACCAUCAGCCCGAUGCCUACACCAGUGGCCCUCACUACUUCAACAUUUAGCACUGCUGAGAGUACCACAUAUUUUUCCUCUGAAAAUACAUUUACUCCACAUGGCAAAACAUCUUCAUUAGUAGCUCCUGCAAGUAUUUCUAUUAAGUCCACUCCGGUUUUGAUCCCUACUGUUUUAUCUACAACUACUUUUGCUCCCAGUGUUACUACUACUGCUUCUACAAAGUCAGCUGAAAGGACUGCUUUGCAAACAACAUUAGCCACGACCCACACUACAUCACCUCCUUCUUUCACCUCUGUAGUUUCAACAUCCUUGUCUUCUGUUGUACCAUUAACAGUACCACAAGAGCAUUGUAGAGAACUCACAUAUGAAGAAAAAAUAACUUACAAAGGCUGUUCUACAAAUGUCACUUUAAGCAGAUGUGAAGGAUCAUGUCCAUCUUCAUCAAAGCUGAAUGUUGAGAAGAUGACAGUCAACACACUAUGCAGCUGCUGUAGGCCACUUCAGCUUCUUAAGAAGGAAUUCCAACUACCAUGCCAAGAUCCAGACAAACCUAGGAAAAGGCUUGUCACAGAAAUAACUAUAUUUAGUGGCUGUGUUUGUAACUUCGAAAAUUGCAUAUAUUAG